GAUACACCUGGGGUAAUGCACUGAGGAGGCAGCAGAGUGAAAACCAAACUGAAAAUUGCACUUCCAGUAAAUCUGGUGUGAACUGCAGGAAUCAGAUAACACAUCUAUGGCAAAACAAGAUGCACACUUGCACCAGGAUGAGGUCUGGCUGGAUUAAAGGAUCACUUCUGACUUUUGCCGUGGCUGCGGCUCUGUUAUACCUCGGCUCCAUUAAGAGGGAGGUUCAUACCCAUUCGGAGCGACUCCAGAAGGCCCACCACAAUGACUCCAUAAGGGGUCAGGGAAUGAUCAAGAGGAUGGACAAGAUGGAGACAGACAUCAACAGGCUGCUCAAUGUGAUGAAUAAACUUGAAAAGAAGGAUGCGGUGAAACAGAACAACGUGGAGGUGAAGAAGGAGAGGAAGGUGGUGAGGAAGCUGUACCCGAACUCGGCUCUGUUCAGCAAGUGGGGCGACGGGCUGUCGGAGGAGGAGCAGAAGGAGGCCGAGGGGUCGUUUCAGAGAUUCGGCUACAACGCCUUCCUCAGUGACCGGCUGCCACUCAACAGAGAGAUCCCCGACACCAGGCCGUCCAGGUGUGCUGAGAAGAAGUACCCUGAGGAUCUGCCGUCCAUCAGCGUCGUGUUGAUCUACCUGGAUGAAGCUCUUUCUAUCAUCAAACGGGCCGUCCGCAGCAUCAUCGACAAGACACCGGCUAAGCUGCUGAAAGAAAUCAUACUGGUGGACGACCACAGCAGUAACGAGGAUUUAAUGGAGAAACUGGAUGAAUACGUCACCUCCAUCCACGAGGAGCGUCCGGGCCUGGUGAAGAGAGUCGUGCACUCUGAGCGGCUCGGCCUCACCCAGGCCAGACUGUCAGGAUGGAGGGCUGCCGUGGGGGACGUGGUGGCAAUCUUGGACGCUCACAUAGAGGUUCAUGUACAAUGGGCAGAGCCGUUGUUAGCUCGGAUUAAAGAGGACCGCACCGUGAUACUGACUCCAGUGUUUGACAAAGUCAACCAUGAUGACUUGUCACUGAUUCCUUACAUACCUGCGGCGGACGCCUUCGACUGGGCUCUGUGGUGCAUGUACGAGUUCUUCAGACCGGAGUGGUACGCUCUAAAGGACGACUCACAACCUGGAAAGAGCCCCUCCAUCAUGGGGAUUCUUGUGGCCGAUCGCAAGUUUUUCGGAGAGAUCGGAAGCCUUGAUGGUGGAAUGAAAAUAUACGGUGGCGAAAAUGUGGAGCUCGGCAUCCGGGUUUGGCUGUGUGGAGGAAGCAUAGAGGUCAUACCUUGCUCUAAAAUCGCCCACAUUGAACGGGCCCAGAAGCCUUACCUUCCAGACUUGAGUGAGACGGUGAGGCGUAAUGCACUGAGGGUGGCGGAGGUGUGGAUGGAUGAAUACAAGUACAAUGUCAACAUUGCCUGGAACAUUCCCCUAGAGAAACACGGGAUAGACAUCGGGGAUGUGUCGGAGAGGAAAAAAUUGAGAGAGCAGCUGAAAUGCAAACCCUUUAAGUGGUAUCUGGAUAACGUUUACCCCAUGCUGGACCCUCUGCGUGACCUGCUAGGUUAUGGAGUGAUGAUAAAUAGUAUGAAACCCGAGCUCUGUAUUGACCAAGGCCCAAUGCCGGGGAACACCCCCAUCGCAUAUGGUUGCCACUUCUACUCCCCUCAGUACUGUUAUUAUCGCACCGAUGGAAAAAUCUACAUCGGCGGUAUCAAAUCUCACAAGUACAACGGCAACCGCUGUCUGGUGGACCGCGGCACUGGAGUCUACCCAGGACUGUACGACUGCAAAACGGCCCAGCAGAAGAAAUUCCACAUUAUGUGGGAUUUUAAACAGAAUGGACCGAUCCAGAACAGAGAAACAAAGAGAUGCGUGGAAAUGGCGAAAGGUGAAGACGGCUAUUACAAACUUGUCGUUCAGGAGUGCAGCGGUCAGACCUGGAAGAUACAACAUCUCAUCAAAGACCGCUGACAGACUGGUGGGCCGAGCCCAGAAGAUAAGAAAUGAGCCAUUAUUGCACAAAAACUGCAUCUGGGAGAAAGAUCCGGGGUGAGUUUACAUUUCACACUGAACAACUUGGAUCCACAAGAGGAAAACUGUGCAUGCAAAAUUGUGAACAUUUUUUAUUUAAUUCUUGUUUUUUGCCUCAUACGUUUUUGACAAAUGUAACUGUGACACAAAAUAUGAACUACAAUUGAGUGGUGAUUUUCUUUUUCUUGGUUUUGAAUACAAAAAUGUCCUCGUGAACAUUUGUUAGUACAGUUUUUGUGUGGAAAAUCCUUUUUUGUGACA